UUAGCCAUUUCUAAUACAAAUUAACAUCAUGAUAAGAAAAAGAACAAACGAUAGGAGCACCAAUCGCAAGCAGCCGUCAAGCCUAUGGAAAAACUGCAACAAUCUUCUUGCUCUAAAGCAAAUCCACGCUACCCUUAUAAUCAAAGGGUUCAAUUCAAACCGAGCAGCCCUCAGAGAGCUCAUAUUUGCUGGUGCUAUGACCAUUUCUGGUGCUAUAAACUAUGCCCACCAAGUGUUUGCUCAAAUUACUGAACCAGACAUUUUCAUGUGGAAUACAAUGAUGAGAGGUUCAUCUCAAAGCAAAAAUCCUUCAAAAGUAGUUUUACUUUAUACCCAGAUGGAGAAUCGAGGUGUAAAGCCUGAUAAGUUCACGUUUUCUUUCUUGCUUAAAGGUUGUACUAGGCUUGAAUGGAGAAAGACUGGUUUUUGUGUUCAUGGGAAGGUUUUGAAAUAUGGGUUUGAAGUGAAUUCUUUUGUGAGAAAUACCCUUAUUUAUUUUCAUUCUAAUUGUGGGGAUUUGGUGAUAGCUAGAUCGAUUUUUUAUGAUUUGCCGGAAAGGAGUGUUGUUUCUUGGUCUGCUUUGACUGCGGGGUAUGCAAGGAGAGGGGAACUGGGUGUGGCGAGGCAAAUUUUUGAUGAAAUGCCAGUGAAAGAUUUGGUUUCCUGGAAUGUGAUGAUUACAGGGUAUGUGAAAAAUGGAGAGAUGGAAAAUGCUAGGACACUCUUUGACGAGGCUCCAGAAAAAGAUGUUGUGACUUGGAAUACGAUGAUUGCUGGGUAUGUCCUUCGUGGGGAGCAAAGGCAGGCUUUGGAGAUGUUUGAGGAGAUGAGGAACGUGGGAGAGUGUCCAGAUGAGGUGACAAUGCUGAGUCUUUUGUCGGCAUGUGCAGAUUUGGGUGAUUUGCAGGUUGGCAGAAAGUUGCAUUGCUCAAUUUCAGAGAUGACUCGCGGAGAUUUGAGUGUUUUACUUGGGAAUGCACUUGUUGACAUGUAUGCGAAGUGUGGAAGUAUCGAGAUAGCACUUCAGGUAUUUAAAAAGAUGAGAGAGAAAGAUGUUACAACAUGGAAUUCAGUUAUAGGAGGGUUGGCUUUUCAUGGCCAUGCUGAGGAAUCAAUCAAAUUGUUUGCUGAGAUGCAGGCUUUGAAAAAUAUUAAGCCAAAUGAGAUAACUUUUGUUGGAGUGAUUGUUGCUUGUAGUCAUGCCGGGAAUGUUGAAGAGGGGCGCCGGUAUUUCAAACUUAUGAGAGAGAGGUAUGAUAUAGAGCCAAAUAUGAUACAUCAUGGGUGUAUGGUGGAUUUGUUGGGUCGUGCAGGGCUAUUGAGUGAAGCAUUCGAGUUAAUAGCCAAAAUGGAGAUUGAACCUAAUGCUAUAAUUUGGAGGACGCUGCUUGGGGCUUGUAGAGUUCAUGGAAAUGUUGAGCUGGGGAGGCUUGCAAAUGAGAGACUACUUAAACUAAGAAGGGAUGAGAGUGGGGAUUAUGUGUUACUUUCUAACAUAUAUGCUUCAGCAGGUGAGUGGGAUGGAGCUGAGGAGGUGAGGAAGUUGAUGGAUGAUGGUGGAGUUAGAAAAGAAGCUGGCCGCAGCCUAAUUGAAGCAGAUGACAGAGCUGUCAUGCAAUUCUUGUUUGAUCCAAAACCCAAACUAAAUUCAAGAGGCCAAGUGUCAUGAGCUGCAAGUAGGUGAGAGUAUGCUCUCAUGUCAGACAUGUAAUAUUUGGAUAUAGUUCAACCUUUAUUGUGUAUAAUUGGUCAAUAAAUUGCAUUUUAUUCAGCUUUAAGAAAGCAUUA